CUUCGGACUUGACCUUGCGAGCUUGGUUUGUUGUCGAGUCACGGGUUUAAUGUACAGACCUGACGUUACGUGUCUUGUGACGUCUGGAGUCUGUUACUGUCUGUAGCCUCAUCACGUCCUGUCUCCAGCACUGUGGGUCUCACACGGCAACUUAACCAAGUGGACAGUCAGGUGAAAUUGCCCUGUGAGAGGCCAUGGCUCCAGUCAGGGCCCUGAUUAUUGGCGCAGGAAACAGAGGAGAGAUGUAUGCCAGGUUCUCAUUGGACAACAGUGAGCGCUUCCAGGUGGUAGGUGUUGCCGACCCUGAGCCGUUCAGGCGCCAACGUCUUCAGCAGGAGUUCAACAUUCCCGAGGAGAAUGUCUUCACAGACUGGCAGAAAGCCGCGGAGAGGGAGAAGUUUGCCGACUGUGUUGUCAUAGCAACCCCGGACCAGCUGCACAAAGCUCCUGCCGUGGUGUUUGCUGACAGAGGCUACCACAUGCUACUGGAGAAACCCAUGGCACUUACAGAGGAGGACUGUCGUGAGGUUGUAGCAGCCUGUGAGAGGAACAACGUCAUCCUAUCUGUGGGUUUCGUGUUGAGGUACUCUCCACAUGUCAGGAAAAUCAAGGAACUGAUUGACAGUGGAGCCAUCGGAGACAUAGUCCACAUCCAACACAUGGAACCGGCGGGAUUCUGGUUCUUUGCGCACCACUUCGUCCGAGGAGACCACCGGACCACAGCUGGCAGCUGUUCCUCACUCCUCACCAAAGGUUCCCACGACAUUGAUCUGAUAGGAUACUGGCUCAGCGGGUCGAGGUGUGUCAAGGUGUCGUCAUUUGGAAGCCUCAUGCAUUUCAGGCCCGAGAACAAGCCGGCAGGUGCAGGCAGCAGGUGUGUGGACUGCCAGGUGGAGAACACCUGUCCUUAUUCGGCCAAGAAGAUCUACCUGGAGAGGGUGAAACAGGGCCUGACAGACUUCCCAGUCAGCCAGGUGUGUCCCCAGGAGCCGGUGGAUGUAGAGAAUCUGACCGAGGCGCUGAGAACUGGGCCGUACGGACGCUGUGUGUACGAGUGUGACAACGACGUUGUCUCCAAUCAGUCCGUAAACUUCCAGUUCGAUGGAGGGCAGACAGUUUCCUUUGACAUGGUGGGCUUCACACAGGAGGUCUGUGAGCGACAGACCAGGAUCUCAGGCACCAAGGGAGAGCUGCGCUGGUCCAGUCCCGGUCCCGUGUAUGUGUAUGACUUCCUGACUCAGACAUCCACGGAACAUCCCUGUGCAGCAGCGCCCCCUAACAAGAUGCGUGAAAUGCAUGGCGGUGACUACUUCCUGACGGAUGCCUUUGUCAAGGCUGUUCAGACCGGUGACCGUUCCUGCGUGCUGACCGGACCACAGGAGACUCUGCAGAGCCACCUGCUGGUGUUUGCUGCUGAGCAGGCUCGUCUGCAGGACAGGGUCAUUACCAUAAACCCUGAUGGUUCUUAUAGCUAAAGCACGGGAUGGCGUCAUCACAAAAGAAGGUCCCUAAAGUUGAUCAAACUACAGAAAAUAGUUAUUAAAUAAACCCAGACAGUUCUAAUAGCUAAGUACAGCUACAGGACAGAAUCAUUACCAUAAACCCAGAUGGUCCCUAUAGCUGAGCACAGCUACAGAACAGUCAUUACCAUAAACCCAGACAGUUCCUAUAGCUGAGCACAGCUACAGGACAGAAUCAUUACCAUAAACCCUGAAGGUUCAUAUAGCUAUGCACAGCUACAGUACAGCGUUAUUACAAUAACCCCGGAAGGUUCCUAUAGCUGAGCACUGUUACAGGACAGGUAUUACCAUAAACCCUGAAGGUUCCUAUAGCUGUGCACAGCUACAGUACAGCGUUAUUACCAUAAACCCUGAUGGUUCCUAUAGCUAGGCACAGCUACAGGACAGAGUCAUUACCAUAAACCCAGACGGUUCCUAUAGCUGAGCACAGCUACAGGAUAGUCAUUACCAUAAACCCAGAAGGUUCGUAUAACUGUGCACAGCUACAGUACAGAGUUAUUACCAUAAACCCUGACGGUUCCUAUAACUGUACACAGCUACAGUAGUCA